UUGCUAGACAUUUGUUGGUGUUAUAAAAAUAUUAGUAUUGUAUAUUUAGAAACAAUAAAUUAAAGCCUGUGAGUGAUUAAUAUUUAGAAUUUAUAUCUGGAAUUUAACAUGAGCGAUCCGCUUCAUGGAAGUUUGCUCUUAGAUAGAGCUACAUCAACGCAUUUAUCUGAUCUAAAGUACGCUAAGCUGCAUAGUCCAAAAAUGAAGAGCGUAUAUUGGCGUUAUUUUGGAUUUCCAACUAAUGAAAAUGAUCGUAUCAUUACCAAACAGAAUGUCGUUUGUACAUUGUGCCAUAAGGUAUUAACUAAUCAUGGUAACACUACAAAUCUACGUGCUCAUUUGCAGCAUCGCCACAAGGAGCUAUUUAGUAAAAUUUGUGAAGAAAAUGGAAUUAAAGUGCCGCAACGUAAACCGCCACCUAAGUACCCAAGAAAUUCGCAAACAACCAGUAUGGCAAAAUCUGAAACAGUGAUUCAUAGAAUAAAAGAAGAAUGUGUAAUGGGUAACGAAUCAUCAAAUAAUAGUAUGCCUGGUGAUGAACAGUUACUUUACGAGGCAAUGAUACCAAUGUCAUAUGACGAUGCCAUUAUUACUAAUGAUCAAUUCAUGAAAGUUGAAGUGGGUCAAGGCAGCGAUUUAAGCACUGUUGAUACCGAUAUUGAUAUUGUCUGCCCACAAACAGUUUCAAGAAACUUUAAUUGUAUCGAAGAAGUUGAUCCAUUUUUGUUACAAGAUACAUUAGCUAAUAUGAUUGUUUUGGAUUUGCGUAACAUUGAUUCUCUAUACGAUCCAGGCAUGUCAACGUUUAUACGUCAAAUUAGUGGCAAUUUGGCUAUACCAGCAGAGAAGCGGAUUGCAACUUUAAUACGUGAACAACAUUAUAAUAAAUUUACAACCUUAUCUACUGAGUUAAAAACUCAUUCACAGACCAAAGAAUUUUCUUUUGGUUUGGAAAUGUGGCGCAAUGUUGAACAUAAGCAGUUUUUAACUGUUUAUUUCAACUAUAUAAGCGAAAAGCCAGUGUACUCUCUAUUAAAUGAGUUUUACGCCACAUACGAAAUCUCCAAAUUUAUGCAUGUAGACGCUUUGUUUCAAGAUUUUAAUCUCAGUAAUUGUUCCGCCGUUAUAGUAAAUUAUGAGGAAGACGAUCCCAUUAAAGAUUAUUUGCGUGAACAUAAUAUACCAAUAUUACUUUCUUUUGAUGUUGUCUCCGACAAGUGUUUAAAUCAUGUAUUAACAUUACCAGAAGUGUUGCCUAUUAUGGAAGAGCUGAGAGAUAUAAUAGAUCGCUAUUCAUCUGAAAUUUGUUCAAAGGAUGUUGAGAUACCAAUGAUUAAUCCAGAUUUUCCCUGGACGUUUUAUGAACUUUUAAAAUUCUUCACAGAACAAGUUGUGUGGCCAGAUGAGAUGGACUCUAUAGUUAGUUCUGUUAAAGAGAUAAUGGAAAGCAUAAAUGGAUUGCUUGUUAGUUUGGAUACUCUCAAAGGUGAAGAGAUCCCACACAGCAGUAUGCUUUCUCCAAUAACAUUGAAAAUUAUUAACAAGAGAUUUACAAUUGCCGAAAAGGACACUCCACUGACGAAGUGCUUAAAAAGUGCAAUAAAAGGCGAGCUGGAAAAGUUAGUGAUACAUGACAACCAUUUAACACUAUCCGCUUUAUUAGAUCCAAGAUUCCAUCGUCUCAUCAACUUAACUAAUUUGCCACAUGUUGUUGAAAUUUUAAAGAAGAAAUUAGCUAUUAUCAAUGAAUGUGAAGUCAAGGAUACACCGGGUGUAGUUAAUAGCUUUAUAAAGCCUUUUACACAAACCGGUACAACAAAGAAAUCAAAUUUAGAACUGUUCUUUGAUAUAUCGGACAAUGUACCAAAAUUCGACAGUGAACAAAAUAUAGACUGUAUUGAGCGUGAAUUAAAAAGAUACAGGAAUGAAGUUUAUGUUAGCUUAGAUGGUUCACCUUACCAGUGGUGGAAUCAAUUUGGAAAGGCUUAUGGCAAUCUGCAGAAAAUUGCAAAGAUCUAUCAAUGCGUGCCUUGUAUCAUAAACAUGAACUUCAAGAAACCAAUCUAUCAACAGAUUGCGGAUCAUAAUAAGCGUUUUAUGUUGACCAGCAGUUGUUUGGACGCAAUUCUUUUUUUACAUCAUCAUAAUGGUAACAUCUAACCCGUAAAAUUCUAUCGUACAUUUAAUAAACAAAAAUAAAUUUC